GCACUUUUUCAAUUUUCAUCUUUACUUAAUUUACAAUGCCGACAAUGGCUGCAAUUAAACAUUCAAAACAUCAAGAUUUAGACUAUAAACAUUUUCUUAUAUUAUAUUUAUUUAUGUUAUCAUAUAUACCAGAGAUUGACGGGAAUAAUAUUGAAAGAAAAUGCAAUACUUCUACAUGUAAAGUUGUGAACAUUACAUCAAGCGGAACACCUUCUGUAAUUAUAUGUGUACCAGAAAACACAGAGAAACUUUGUAUACUGUGCUACCCUGGCUUUAAGAAAUCUUGGUACAACAUGUGGAUUAAUCCUAAGCUGUCAAUUAUCUUAUCAGAGCCAGAACAACUUUUGGAAGUUUACUUGGGUAACAAUUGGUCAUCUGUAUUCGACAUUUCUAGUAAUGUUGGACUCCUAAGUUGGACGUCAUUUGGAUUUAUAAAAAAAGACUAUGACUUUAAACCCUUUGAACCAUCAUGUAUUGGAGUGAAAUCAGCAAAAAAUGUCACAAUGAAUGUUGUAAUAAAAAAUCCAGAAAUUUGGUUUCUUUUCUACCUAACAAUGGGCAUGAGUUUGUUUUUCUUAGCUCCAAGUUUGAGCAGGAAUGUCUUGUUUCACUACAGUUCAGGUAUAGGUAUUGGAGUUCUUUGUUCUAUUCUCAUUGUAGUUUUUAUCGUCAACAAGUUUCUACCGCAGAAAUUAAAGGUUUUAGGCUAUGGUAUUGGAAUUAUGAGUACAUCAGCAUUGCUAUAUCUCUGGAGAUUUUUCUCUGAUUAUAUCCAAGAAAUUAUACAAAAUUAUUGGCAUAUUCUUAUUGGCUAUAUGGUUGUGGCAGGGGUUUUAAGUUUUGCAGUGAUUUACCGCUAUGGACCUGCUUCAGACAUCAGAACAUUAAAUCUUAUUCAGUGGACCCUGCAAGGCAUUGGAUUGGUUUUCAUCUAUCAUGGGACACAGCUCUCUGAGAUUUCUGUAGUUAUUAUUGUUGGGAAUAUUACACUGUAUUUAUUACCCGUGGGAUUAUUUUCUUGGGUUAAAAGAAUCAAAUAUCGUUACUUCCCUCCUAAAAGAAAAUUACUUUCGGAGGAGGAAUACAUUAUUGAAGGGGAGAUUGAAACUACUAGAGCAUUAAAAGAGUUAAGAGAAUAUUGUCGCAGUCCUAAUUGUGAUGCAUGGAAGACUUUGAGUCGGUUGAACUCUCCAAACAGAUUUGCCAAGUUUAUAUCUGGUGAAGACCAUUUGAGUACAGAAGAAUUAGAACAACAUGAAGAUACCACAGAGUUUAGCCCAUUAGAACAACACAACACAGCCAACAAUAUUAGAACAAUGAACUUUGAUUACAGCAAUUCAGAAAUGGAAGAUUCAGAGCUGGAAGACUUUUCUCAAAUGAGAUGAGAACUUGGUUUGGUUUAGAAACUUGCACCAAUAGUUUCUUUGUUGUUCAAAUAUUUCUGAAACUUAACUUGUUGAAAAAUAAAGGUGCCAUUAAAAGCUAAACCUAAAAAUUAUUUAAAAGAAAGAAUUGUGCUGUUUUGAACAAAUGUGUUAAUAAUUUAACAAAUUUCAACUGAUUUAAGUUUUUAAAAUGUUUUAAAUUUUUUUUUACAUUUUUGUUCCAACUGAAACUCUAAGAGGCAGCAUAUUAGUGUAUGCAUACAAUUUCUGCAUUUUGUAAAUAGACUUAUUUUGUUUGCAAUUUGAUGAUAGAUAUGUAUCUAAUCAGAUUUCAAAAGACAAUUCUGACAGUUUCCUCCAAUUUAUUGAGUAUGUUGAGUAAACUGGCUGGGUAACUCUUGAAAACCUGGACAGCUCUUGAAAACCAAUAGAUAGUUUAGUAAAAAUUAGAAUAUUGUGUCAGUUAAACCAAAGUUGUGUUUAUUGAAUUGAAUAUAGAGUCCAUAGAAAAUGGUUUUAUAGUUCAACCCAUUAUGUCAUUACUAUAUAUAUUUCCUGAUGCACAUUUUUUCUGGAAAGAAGCAGAUUAGACUUCAGUCUAAGUAAAUGUUUUGUAUAUAGUCAAUUAUUUGUUCAAACGUCUGUUUAAUGCACACUAUAAUAUUUAGGCCUUUAAUGGACUGAUGUAGUUUUCACUAGGCAUGUGUUAAUAAACUUUGUGACAGUACAAUAGAAUAAACUUCAAAAUGUCUACACUUA